AUGUUGAAGUUUUUGACAAGGCGAGCAGUGUCUGCUGCUUUUUUGCGCCAAAAUGCAUCUUCCGGGAUGGUUUUACAUAGGUCUUUCUCAGCCGGAACAAGAGUAUGGCAGAAGUUGGAGACCGGCAGCGCUAAGGAGGGAUCAGGGUUUAUUUCACCUCAGAUAUUGAAGAUUGUUCCGGAUACGACCGACAUUGCGACGCUGGAGAAACAGGAUGAAUUGAUCAAGAGACGUCGUAAGCUAUCGAAGGAGAUUACGCAAAUGAAGAAAUUGAAACCUGUGUCGCCGGGUUUGAGGUGGUAUAGAUCGCCAAUUUAUCCGUAUUUGUACAAAGGGAGACCGGUGAGGUCGUUGACGGUGGCCAAAAGGGGUAAAGGUGGUAGAAACCACUCCGGUAGGAUAACUGUGCGUCACAGAGGUGGUGGCCAUAAAAGGCGUAUCAGGUUAGUGGACUUUUCACGCACGGAAGCAGGUCAGCAAACAGUCCAGAGAAUUGAGUACGAUCCCGGAAGAACGUCGCACAUUGCGCUGUUGAAGAAUAACAAGACGGGCAAGCUGUCGUAUAUCAUUGCAUGUGAUGGGCUGAGAGCCGGCGACAUUGUUGAGUCCUAUAGACAGGGUAUCCCACAGGAUUUGUUGCGUGAAAUGGGAGGUAAAGUAGACCCUGCGAUUUUAAGCGUGAGGACGGCGCAAAGAGGCAACUGUCUUCCGAUUUCGAUGAUCCCCGUCGGUAGUAUUGUUCAUAACGUCGGUAUCACGCCUGUGGGCCCAGGUAAAUUUUGCCGUGCUGCUGGUACCUAUGCUCGUAUCAUCUCGAAGAUACCAGAGAAGAGAAAGGCCGUUGUUCGUCUGCAAAGCGGUGAGCACCGUUACGUUUCCCUCGAAGCGUGUGCUACAAUCGGUAUAGUGUCAAAUAUAGACCAUCAGAACAGAUCUCUCGGUAAGGCCGGUAGAUCCAGAUGGCUCGGUAUCAGACCAACCGUUAGAGGUGUGGCAAUGAACAAGUGCGACCAUCCCCAUGGUGGUGGCCGUGGUAAGUCUAAAUCUAAAAAGCUAUCGAUGUCCCCAUGGGGCCAGUUGGCCAAGGGUUUCAAGACCAGACGGGGGAAGAAUCAAAAUAGGAUGAAAGUAAGGGACAGACCAAGAGGUAAGGACACUAGACUGUGA